AUGAACCAGGUCGUUAUUUGGGAUAAGAUUGUUUUACGCGAUGACAACACUGUAAUCAACAUCAAAGGUGCGCAUCCGAAAUACUACUUUUGGGAUGAUGGUAACGGUCUGAAAGGAAACAAAAAUGUCACUUUGGUACUUUCAUGGAACGUAAUUCCGAACGCUGGUUAUUUGUCAUUUUUUGGAUCACCAGAUACCCAUUCGUUCAGUUUUCCCGCGGAGUACACGGCUAGUCGCUUGUCGUAG